AUGUCAACAGAAAGCUUUGCAUUUGAUUCAGAACCACCUUCACGAAAAGCAAGUGACUAUUCACCCGAGCAACAACGGACAAGGUGGCAUUUCUGGUCAGGAUCACGCUAUUCGCUUAUACUCGUCCUUGCAACUUUAUUUGAAGCAGCAGUGGUGAUUGCUCUCGAGUCUGUAGUCUUUGCUAAAUUCGUACAGAAUCAUGCAAACAAAGCUCUCGGUCAAGGGAUACCAGUCUAUUUGAUCAUCUUUAUUAUAUGUCAAGUUUAUCAAGUAGGGAUAGCAUGGGAUGCAGUACGCAUGCAAAACACCAUUCAAAUCAUUGCAUUUAUCCUUUUGAACCUUUGCUGUCUGCUGUAUGGUGGUUUUCAAUUCCAACAGAUAUCGGAGGCACUUAAUGAUCUUGCAGAUCAUCCUGGUAUUGGCCAUGAUAUUCCGGAUUCGGAUGUCCUUGAUUAUUUGCGGACAUUGAUAACCAAACUCCUCAUUGCGAAUGUGGUCGUUAUUGGAAUAUGCGAGCUUAUUUACCUUUACCUCGGUGCUCGACUGUACCAGGAAUUCGGCUGGCGUAUUUAUAAAAAGAUUGGAGCCGAUCCCGAAAUAAGAAACAUGUAUCGAUGGUAUCAGAUCCUGCUCACUAUCCUCAAGAUUGACAUGUUCUUCUUCUUGGGAUACUCAAUUCAGUACCUUGUUCUGGUUCUCAAAAACAACGAUUAUGAAUUUCCGCUGACGAUUGUGGCUUUACCACUGACAUGUCUUUUCCUAUUCCUGGCUGUAUACGCAGUGCGCCAUGAGUCAAAAUGGAUGGUAUCAAUCUUCUUUGUGGGUCUCGCAGCUGGCUGUGCCUACUUUAUUUUCAAGAUCUACCGCAUUUUUGAUCCUGAUCAACCUGCCGACAAGUACAAGAACAUCAAGAACUUUUUGACCUUCUUUGCAAGCGUAUCCUUAGCUUUGAUCGUAUUAACCAUCAUCAAUGGUGCAAUCUGUUGGUCCAACUUCAAUAAGGGUCUGAAAUCCCACUUAUUACGCGAUAAAGGCGAAGCAGCUUUUGCUGAGCACCAAGGCGAUCGAACACUUUCCCUUGAUUGA